AUGUCGCUGCAAUUUCCUUUGAGCUGGUUUUUUAUCAAGAAUAGCAAUGGCCUUGUUAUUACUGCGUCCAAGAACGCUGAUGGAGCUAACGUUGUGAUCGCUACGCUUCGCAACAACGACCCCAAUUCUCAACUUUGGCGUCAUGAAGGCGAUGGUCUUUUGGUUAACAAGGAAAGCGGCCUUGUUAUGGAUGUUGCUAAAGGGAGUCUCAAGGCAGGUGCCGAGAUUAUCCAAGCCAAGACCGAAAACUCGCAAAAAUUUGAGAUCUCCAAGGAUGGCCAUAUUUGUGUGCAGGGAAAACCAUCUUUGGUACUCGGCAUCAAGGAGUCAUUCUUUUCACGCAAUGAGGGGUUGCAUGUGCAUCUUCAGGCAGCUUCCAAGCGCAGUAACGCACAACACUGGAACUUUGUGUUACCUGUAGUCAAGUCCUCGUCCACAGCAUCAUCUGCUCAACUCAAGCGGAGCAGCUCUUCUAGCACUGUCGGAAGCAGUGCCGCUGCUGCUGGUGCCAAGCCUCUUAGCAAAGGCAUCUCUCAAAUCAAAGAAGAUGAUGCUCGUUCGGUUGUAUCCUCGUCCACUUCAUCGAGUCUAGGCCAAGAUGAGAACCACAGCCUUCCUGCUGGCACCUUCCCUGAUACACCAUUCUUCCUAAAGUCGAAGCAUACAGGGUUGUUCAUUGGCCUUGAGGCUGCUAGCAUGUCUCAAGCAGGUGGUCGUCUCGUGAUUGACACGCUCCACAAGUCCGGUGGUUAUGAUAGUCAACUAUGGACCUAUGAUAAGGCUACCAGCCGUAUUAUUAACAAGCAUUCAGGCAUGGUACUUGAUCUUGAAGGUCUUAAGGAUGAUGCAUAUGCAUGCCAAUCCAAACCUCGUGAUGGCAACAAGCAUCAAGAAUGGAUCUUAUCCGUCAACAAUGAAGUAUGCCUCAAGCAAGAUGAUUCGUGGGUACUUGGUAUCAAGGAGAGCUGGUUUUCUACGGCUCGUGAAGGUGCCCACAUCCAUAUCCAAAAGAAGACCAAGCUUCAAGACACUCAACGUUUCACCAUUGUGCUUCCCAUUUACAAGAAAAAGACCGUUGAACAAGCUUCUGAGCAACAACAAGGCACCUUCCCUGAUGGUUGGUUCUUUGUCAAGAAUCAAGCAAGUGGUGAAAUCGUUACUGCCACCGAUGAUCUUGAUAUUAUUGUUGGCAAGCUUGAUACUUCCAAUUACUCGCGACAGCUGUGGAGACACAAGAAUGGCUUCCUCAUCAACAAGGCUUCCGGCAAGGUGUUGGAUGUCCGAGGAGAUGCCAUUGCCAGUGGUGCAGCUAUUUGCCACUAUGAUCAAAAGAAGAAGCAUAACGAUAACCAAAUGUGGGCAUUGACCUCUGAAGGCUUCAUUUAUGUGCAAUCUCAAGCAUCGCUUGUUAUCUCUGUGAAGGAACGUGAUGGCAAGUCGUACAUUCAUCUUGCUGACAAGAGCUCAACGGAGAAUAAGGCUCAGCGUUGGAACUUUGUGUUGCCAGUGUUCAAAAAGAAGCAAGAUACCGCUCGUAGUGUUGCUACGACUACCACCACUACCAAAACCAUCAAAAAGACUAUCACCUAUCGCUACGCACAAUAUCCCUCAGGCUGGUUCUUUAUUAAGGCCUUUGUCAAGCAUUCUACCAAGGAAGAGCCUCUUGUGCUUACUGCUGUCAAGGAAUCCAAUUCUAUUGCCAUUGCUGCUCUCGACCGUGAAAAUUGGCAAACACAGUUGUGGACUUAUGUUGAUGGUGCCUUGAUCAGCUACGCCAAUCAUUUGGCUAUUGAUGUUUCCAGUGUUACUGAAGGCUCAUCUUUGAAACUUGUUGAACGUGAAUCCAAGCCUCGUCGUCAACGAUGGAUGCUUACCAUUGAUGGCUAUCUCGUUAACAGCAUGGAGCAGACUCUUGUCCUUGCACCGCAGGCGGCUGAGCAAGAUGGCAAGUAUGAAUUGUCAAUGGUUGAUCAUCGCACCUAUGAGAAGGAGCAUAGCUGGGGAUUGUUGUUGCCUGAGAUGUCUACACAAAACCAAAUGCAAAUUCUUGUACGCUGGACUAUUGCUCACUUGAAAGAAUGGUCCGCCAAGUCUUCCAACAUGCGUACUGUCUCCCAACUCGCUUACUGGCCUGAAGAUGAAUUCAUCAUUUCCGAUGCUGAUGGCUAUGCUUUGGCUCCUCACAAGGCUGAGGCCUAUUCGCUUGUCUCAUUGACUCGUAUGCAGGAUGCUGAUGCCGAAAACUUCAAAUGGAAGUAUGAUGGUGGUUAUUUGUUGCACGUUGCUACCGGUCUCGUGCUUCAUGCUGAUGAUCGAUUGCACCAUGGUAGCAAGCUUAUUUUGCGUAGCAAGUUGAUGAAUGGCAACACCGCCGAUGAUCGCCAAUUAUGGACCCUCAAGACCAAUGGCUCCAUUGUUUCAUCGAGCUACCACUACAUUGGUUUGAGCCUUGUGCGUCAUGGUGAAGGAUACUCUGUGGAAUUGUGCGAUUACAAGAAAUACCGCAAGCAUCACUAUGACUGGACCUUGUCGUACGCCAAGUACGAACGUCGUUACAGCGAGAUUCACAAGCGUGAAAUUCUCGUCAUCAUCACCUUGUACAAGAUCAUUCUCAAUUGGCGCAAUGCUUCUUCAAAGGCUAGCAGCACGACUCACAAGUUGGUGACACAAAAGUAUGGUAUCUUCCCUAAGGAUCCCUUCUUUAUUCGUUCCAAGCACGAUAAGUCACUUGUGGUGACAGCUAAGACUACAUCCCAAGGCGAGAAGCUUGUACUUGCCAAGAUCGAUUACAAGAACUACAAGAAGCAAUUGUGGACCAGCGAUCCUUCGGAUGGUUCUUUGGAUAACGUUGAGACCAAGUUGGUGAUGGAUGUUGCUGGUGGCAAGUUGAUGCCUGGUUGCAAUGUGAUUCAAUAUCAUGAGAAGCACAUGUGGCGUAGUCGCAAGAACCAACAAUGGGGCUUGUCUGUUGAUGGUCAUAUUCAUCCAUUGAGUCGCCCAAGUCUUGCAUUGUCACCCAAGAAUGAUGAAGCCAAGGAAGGUGCUACUUUGCAACUCCAAAAGCGUGGUGCCUUGUCUGCCGAUUAUCAACAAUGGACAUUUGCUGUACCUGUCUUUGGUAAAUCCCAACAACAUGCAUCCAUCAGCCGUAGCAGCACUAUUAUUGAAGAUGUGGGUGAUGCAUCUCUUGAGUAUGCUGAUCGUGAACGUUAUGAACGUGUCGAGAAGCGUACCAUUGUUCGUCGAUGGGGUGUGUUCCCUUCAGGAGAACUCUUUAUCCGUAUUCGUCAUGGAUCUGAACGUCUUGCAUUGACUGUUGAAAAGCAAGAAGGCGAUGAUGUCAAGGAGUACCCUGUCACCGUGCGUGCAUUGAAUUUCAAGGAGUACAAGUGGCAAUUGUGGCGUUAUGAAGAAGGCCAUCUUAUCAAUGUGCAAACUGGAUUGGCUUUGGAUAGUGCUACUUUACGUGAAGUGCUCUUGGAAUAUGGCCUCAAGACUCAAUUGUUUGUACGUGCUGUGAGUGAAGAAGAGUCCCAAUACUGGUCUUUGGGUGUGGAUGGAGAAAUCCACCUUCGUGGUAAUGAACGCAUGGUGGUCGGUGUUGCUUCAGAAGAACGCGCUUCUUUCGCUGGUGCACAAGUGGGUCUUAAGCAGCUUCGCGUAUCAAAGACCGAACAAGCUGGCAAGCAACAAGUUGUUCUCCAUUCCGAUGCAUGGAUGCGAUGGGGCUUCUCCAAGCCGAUCUAUGGCACCGUGUCCACUGCCUCUCAAGUAGCCGAAAUCAAGGAGACCGAGGAACAAAAGAUUACCGUCGAUGAGUGCGAUGAGUCUGAUAACGAAUCCGACGACGAAUCCGACUAUGAAGAUGACGACGAUGCUUCCACUGUGUAUGAUACAGACACCGAUUCAGUCGCUUCUCUCGAUGUCACCUCCAGCAUUGGCAAGAACAAGCUCAAGGAGACUCUUUCUUCAAGCACAAGAAGUGUCAAGUCCAAUAGCUCGCGUUCUUCUCGCUCUUCACGCAAGGACUCCUUCACGUCAUCGGAUGACUAUGUCCCUACUGGUUUUGAACGCGUGGUGAGAUACAAGACGCAUCAUGGUGGUUUCCCUACUGCUGGCUACUUUAUCAUCAAGAAUGAUCUCCAUGGCUACGUGCUUGAUGUUGAUGGUGCUGUCAAUGAUGGAAGCAAUAUCGUUCUCUCUCAAUUACGAUCCACCGACUUUGCUAGUCAAUUGUGGUCCUUCCGUGAUGGUUUCUUGAUCAAUCUCAAGGGUCAAACUCUUGUCUUGGAUGCUUCAGAAUCAGACAAUCUCACUGCUGGUGAACGUCUUCAUUUGUCAACUCGCUCUGGAUCCUCUGCCGAUGAUCAACAAUGGGAAUUCAGCUCUGAUGGCCUUGUCUAUUUGCGUGCCAAACGUACCCUCGUGCUUUCUCUCAAGGAACUUAAGCGUGGCAGCCACAGCAAGAUCGAUGUCUUCAUCCAAGAAGAAAAGACGCAUGGCAACUUGAAGAAUGGUGCUCGCCCUGAACAACGUUGGGAGAUCCUUGUGCCAUCUUUGAUCCCUGUUGAAAAGAAGGAGAGUGGUGUCAAGAUUGUUCAAGCUGGCAAGAAGGUGGUUUCAUCUCCUACGACUACCACAGCUACUGCUGCAGCUGCUGUUGUCACUUCGAUGUUCACUAUGCGUUGGUUACGUGAGACUUUGCGUUACAAGAUCACCACUCAUGAUGCUUGGCCCUCUUCUCAAUGCUUCUUUAUCCGUAUGGGCGCUGACAAUGCAUUCCUCGCUGCUGGUACUCAAAAGGGUGAAGUUGGCGUUUACGUCCUCAAUGACAAGGUGGAUUACAAGCGCUUCUUGUGGGUCUACAUUGAUGGCUACUUGGUCAACUACAAGUACAUGCAACGAUUGGUGUAUAUCGUAAAGUCUCGCCAAUGGGUUCUUUCGGAUGCCAAUGACACUGCUGAGCAGACUUGCCAUAUUUCCACCAAUGGCUUAUUGACCAUUCGUAUCCGCACCACCAUUUACUACUUGCGUAUCGUUCGCCAUGCAGCUGGUCACUUUGAGCUCGAUGUCACCGAAGAUGAAAAGAGCGCCCAAUCAGCUACUGACAGCCUUCUCGAAUUGCACACACCCACCUUCGCCAACAACGACCAUGAACAUGAUGUCAAGGCCUUUUAUACUGCAGCAUCCGCUUACGCUGCCAAGCAGAAGCUCACUGCCUACAAGACCAUGACUCUCACUGUGCAACGUGCUAUUUUCCCUGCCAACGACUGCUUCUUUGUCAAGGUGGAUGAUGGAAAGAAUAGCGAUUUGGUGUUGGCUGCUAGCAAGGCUGCUCCUGGUGCGUCCCUCUCUGUUGAAAAGAUUUCAUACACCAAUUUCAGAACCCAAUUAUGGACUUUCCGUGAUGGCUUAUUGUACAAUUAUGGUACCCAAAUGGUGAUGAGCAUUCAAGGAGGUAUUGCUCCAUGGGCCAAGAUUGGAUUGCAUCUCAAGACAACGGCUAGUCUCAAGUGGUUCUUGACAGCGGAUGGCAUGAUUCGUCUCCAAGGAUAUCCUGGUUUGUCACUUGGCUUCCGUUCGGAUAAGCUUGUCAAUCAAACGGCACUUGUUUUGGCUCCUGUGGCUGAUAGCACUGAACAUGCUAUUCGUUGGAAGUUUGCUGUGCCUGUGUUUGGCAAAAAGAAGGUGGCUGCAUCUACUGGAUCCUCAACCACUACCACCGAAGUGGCUGCUGCCGUUGGACAACAACAUCAUCAAUCAGUGGCCAAUGUCGAUAUGGAGCUUGAUACAGUUGACGAGGUGCAUGCUGAGAUUGACAAUACCACUACGACUACCACCACCGAAGAAUCUUCCAAGAAUCUCAAGAAGGUCGUGAUCAGUGCCGAGAUUUGGACCAUCACUUUGCGUUGGCGUAUGUAUUUGAUUCGCCGUCUCCGUCAAUGCAAGAACAAGGCUGAAUUGGUGGCUACUAUCGAGGAAUGCAAGCGUGUUCUUUAUCGUGGAUUGGACAAUGAACAUGGUGCAGCCGAUCUCACUGUUGUUGAACAUGUCAAGCACGUGUUGCAUUUGCAAUUAUUCGAGACCAUUUUGACCAAGGUCAAGUCGCACAAGGACAAUGACACCAUCUCAUUUGAGGAGCUUGGUAUCCAAUCGAUUAUUGAUAACACCUACGGCGAGAUUCAAUCCUCAGUGGACAAAGAAAGCCGCACCGAGCUUGGAUUGGUUGAUACCACCACGACUCAAGUGAUCAGCAAAAAGGAGGAGUCUCGUUAUGCUAAGGAACAAGUGCUUGUUGGUGUUACCACCAUUAGUAUCACUGUGCGUUAUUGGCUCGUGUCUUUGCGUAAAAAGUUGAUUCAAGCCAAGAAGAAUGGUGCCUCGGAUGAAGAGCUCAAGAAGAUUGUUGAACAAGAACACCAGCAACUCAAGACUGAGAUCGACACUACUCGUACCUCUGUUCAAUCAUCCGAAUCAUGGAAAUUGGUUGGCACCACUGUACAUGGCUCGGUGACUGGUGUGCUCGAUCGCAUUGAUAAGCAAGUUCAACAUGUUGUAUCCACUACCUCAUUCGAAGAACAACAUCUCGUCGGCCUUAUUGAGGAAAGUGAGGAUGCUCUCGUUACCCAAGUCGAGGAUUGUCAACAUGCCAUCCUUAGCCAUGAUGAGCAACAAGAGGAUGACAAGACCGUGGUGGUGGUUGAAAAGGCUGAGAAGGAGGCUAUUUUGGAUCACGUGUCCACUGAGUUGGUUGAAACCAAGAUCCGCAUUACGAGCUGGUAUGCUCAUCUUGUGCGUGAGAUCACUGCAUGCUAUGAGGACAAGGAACAGCAACCUAAUGCCAAGGAAAAUGCAUUGAUCAUCACUGAAUCAGCACAAAUCACUCUUACCGGCAUGCUUGAGGAAGUCAAGCUUUCACUUCGCAAGCAAUCCGUUGGCCUUUCUGUUGUCGAGCGCCGUCGCAUUGAAUACCAAAUCGAGACCAUCCGUGCUAGCAUCCUUGCUUACUUGUUGCGUUUCAAGCGUUAUGCCGAGGUUGAAAACGUCACCGAUGAAUCUGUACGCAAGUAUCUCAAGUUGUCGUUUGGCUCUACCGAGCGAUUGGAUGUUGCCGAGCAAUUUGAUCAAGUCAUGUACAAGAUUGAUGAUCGCAAGAAGACUCACAAGCACAAGGAUACCAUCAAGGCAGGUGCAGCUGUUGCUGCUGGUGCAGUGACUAUUGCCGUUGCCGCUGAAGAAAUCCGUGGCUAUGUUGUUGAUUGGUUCACUCGUCUCAAUCGCCGUGUUUCCGAUCGUAUCAAGCAAGGUGGUGAAAACGUCAAGCAAGAUGUCGAUGUUAUUGUUGCUGAGGCACAAGCUGAGCUCAAGACUCAUGUGGAUACCAAGAAACAAGCUUGCACUCAUUUGACCACUACCACCACUGCUGAGGAAGUAUCAUUUGAACAAGCAUUUGGUUGGAUUGAAACCACCACUUGUCAUCACACGGAGCAACUCAAGAUCAUUGCCACCAAGUCCGAGGACGUCAAGGUCAUCGAGCAAGAGCUCACCAAGCUUUCUGAGACUGCAGUCCAACAAGUGAAUGAUACGACAGACAAGUGCAAGGCUGGUGUCAUUGUCACCUCUGAUGACGUUACUAAGGCUGUUGGCUACAAGGAAUCGACACAUGUGGAAGUUAUUCAUAAUGACAAGCAGGCUGUGACCUUUAUUGAGGAAACAACAACCACUGUGUACACUUGGUUCUAUGGCAUCAUUGGUCGCGUCUCCAAGCAAGGUGCUAAGGUCGAGGAUAUCGAAUCUUCCGAACAAGAACUCACUGUCAUCAUUGACCAAGCCAAGGCUAAGUUUGAAGGUGAUACCAAGCUUGAGCGCCGUACCUAUUACAUUGAAGCAUUGGAAGCUCUCCGUGCCAAGGCUAGAAUCCGUUUCAAGGAGGUCAAGCAAAUUGCUGCUUCUAAGGACACUACGGAGGUUGCCAAGUUGGAGAAUAUUGCAUCAUCUUUCAAGCAAGAAACCAUCAUCCAUUGCGAUCGUGUCAAGAAGGGUGAUACUAUUACUGCUAUUGUUGGCGACAAUGAGCAUGCUAAGAAGCCUGAACACCAUGACAAGGAACAUCACCAUUCUAAGAUCGGCAUUGCCGCUGGCAUUGGUGGUGCUAUUGCUGCUGGUGUCGCUGGUGCUGCCGUUAUUCAUCAUCACGAUAAGAAGGAGGCUGACGAUCAUAAGGAGCAUCAUUCUCAAGAUCAUGUGCACAAGGAUACUGGUGCUGUGGUUGAAAAGACCAAGGUCGAAGCCGACAAGAAGACUGAUGUUGAAAAGGUUACCACUGAGACGGGUGCUGUUGCCAUUGGCAAGGUUGAAAAGACCACUGAAAUUGGCAAGGAAACUAGCACUGUUGAAGUGGAUACCGGCAAGAAGGUCUCUGAGCAUGACCACACCAUUGGAAAGGUUGUUGCUGGUACUGUGGUUGCUGGUGGUGUCAUUGCUGUUGGUGCUGCUACCCAUGUCAAGAAGACCAUCAGCUCUUGGUUGGCUAAGCUCAAGUUUGAUGUGGCCGAAUGUGUUGAACAAGGUGGUGAUCAAAAGCAAGUCGAGGCUAUUGUUGCCAAGGCCAAUGCCGAUAUUGAAGUUCAAUUGCAAGAGACGUGCAAGAAGACUGAGACCACUGGUGCUUCCACCAUCGUCAAGGAACAACUUAUUGCAUCCACCGAAUUGGCCAAGAAGGCUGCUUUGAAGAGCUCUGCCCAAGUCCAAGCCGUCACUGUUGAAGUUGUAUCAUCCGGCAAGGCUACUGGUGCAUCUGUCAAAGAGCGUAUCGAUACCAUCAUCAAGUCUUCCGAGCAAGAAGUCCACACCGAGCUUGAGAAGGUUGAUAGUGAAUUGGUGAUUGAAGUUGAGCACAAGGAAGCUGAGGUCGAAGUUACCAAGCCUGUCCACAAGGUGGAGGAAACGAAGGCUGAAGUUAU